ACAGAGAGAUAGUGUGUGUGUGUGUGUGCGCGCACCCAACACUGACUGCUCCAGCUGAUUGCGGAGAUGUUCAGUGCCCAGACGUGUAGCACUGGGGUGGAGUUCUUAACAGGUAGAGCGCAAGGAACUCCCGGAGCGAUGGGUCACCACUGCCCGCUGGCCAGUCGUUCAUUUACAGGCACUCCGAUAUAGGGAGCGGAGCGUUUGCGGGAGAAAACGCUGGGGAAAAAAAAAUACUAUGCACCUUCCAUUCGACCCACCUUGGAAGGGAAUAAAUGCGGUUGAAGUGAAAGUACCGAGCGAAGUAAGAGGAGCUUAGACUGGCAGCCGCUGAAUCCUGCAGUUUGUGCGGAGAUGAGUGAGUGACCCGAGCUGUGUGAGUCGGUAGCUGGUGGGUGGUUCCUGAAGGGAACACAGGAGUUGCCCGCACACCUAUCCACAGGGAACACAGUCCACGCCAGGCGCUGCACCUUCCCGAAGUCCCUGCACCCUCUGAAGGACUCCAGCCUCUUGUGGGGUUCACCUGCUCUCAAUAAGGAAUUUGAACCUGUCCACCCCCACAACCGGUGGGAACGAAAGACAGAGAGAGAGAGAAAAGAGGGGGGAAACGCACGAGUUGGAAUCCAAACAGCCCACCGUGGGGUUGCUGCUCCUGAGUGGAAGGGAAACGGAGGAAGUUGUAAAGCGCUGAGAGGCGAGUCAUGAUGAGGACACAGAACUGAGCAAAUCCCCCGGAGGAGAGUUUUGGGGUGGGAGGGACAGUGAAUGAAGAAUGGGGACCAGAGCAGAACAUGGUUCAGUCCUGCCUCAGUGAUGCUGAGGCUUGACUCCGGAUUUUCAAGGAAGCCCCUUCAGUAUACUUCCAGAGAACGCAUUUCUUUAUAUGUAUGUGUCUAUGAAAUAAAAUGGGAAUCUGGGAACUGCCUCAGUGUGUGCAGGGACUGAAGACUGAGGGAGAGGAGGGAGAUUGAUAGGGAAAGUGACUUGCACGCCGCCCGAGCGCUGCGAAGAUGCGCUGCUGCCUCCUCGCCUUUGCAUUCUGUGCCCUGUCUGGGACCCAGCCGAGUGGAGUCCCUGUGGAGCGUCUGAGGACUGAGGACAGGGCUCUAGCCGGGCCGGGCUCUCUCUCAGCGGGCACCCGGAGGAGAGGUGAGGGCGUCCCGGUGCUGCUGCCCCAAGGAGCCUCUUCUGGGCAAGCGGGCGGCUUUUUCCGGAGGUCCAAAAGGGGAGCCGCUGGUCAGCCGGGAGGGAGCGGGAAGAAGCGAGGGAGGGCUGGACAUGCUGACAACUCCACUGGCGAGCUGCGGUGGGAGUUGGCUGCUCCCCUGUUUCUCAACAGCUCGGCAGGCCGCUCCGACACUGCCCCAAGAGCAGUGGGCUUCCUCAACAGUUCGGGUGGCUCUGUCCCGGUCCCGGACAGUGCUCCGGCUCUCCUCCCUGUCCAAGCCCCAGGCAGGAGGCGCCAGCUGAAGAACCCUUUCUACCCUGUGACCGAGGACUCAUACGGCGCCUAUGCUGUGAUGUGCCUCUCUGUUGUCAUUUUUGUGAUUGGCAUCAUGGCCAACCUGUCCAUCAUGUGCAUCGUCUGCCACAACUAUUACAUGAGGAGUAUCUCCAACUCGCUCCUGGCCAACCUCGCUUUCUGGGACUUCAUCAUCAUCUUCUUCUGUCUGCCUCUGGUCAUAUUUCAUGAGCUGACUAAAAAGUGGCUGCUGGGAGAUAUUUCCUGCAAGGUGAUCCCCUAUCUUGAGGUUGCUUCCCUCGGAGUCACCACUUUCACCUUGUGUGCGCUGUGCAUUGACCGAUUCAGGGCCGCCACCAAUGUGCAGAUGUACUACGAGAUGAUUGAGAACUGCUCGUCAACAACAGCCAAGCUGGCCGUCAUCUGGGUGGGCGCCAUGUUACUGGCGCUCCCUGAGAUUGCUCUUCGGCAGUUGGUAACCGAGGAGGUGGCAGCCUCUGAUGUGACUGCAGACCGCUGCGUUGUGAAGAUAUCGCCUAAGUUACCAGACACACUCUAUGUGCUGGCACUAACUUACGACAGCGCCAAGAUGUGGUGGUAUUUUGGUUGUUAUUUCUGUUUGCCCACCCUAUUCACAAUUGGUAGCUCCAUCGUGACAGCUAGAAAAAUCAGAAAGGCAGAGAAGUCCUGUGCCAGAGGCAAUAAACGUCAGAUUCAAUUGGAAGGCCAGAUGAACUGCACAGUCGUGGCCUUGACCAUUCUCUAUGGGUUCUGUAUCAUACCUGAAAACAUUUGCAAUAUUGUAACUGCCUACAUGGUUACUGGGGUCUCCCAACAAACGGUGGAUCUUCUGCAACUCAUCAGUCAGUUCCUUUUGUUUUUCAAGUCUUGCGUGACCCCGGUGGUCCUCUUCUGCCUGUGCAAGCCCUUCAGCCGGGCAUUUUUGGACUGCUGCUGUUGCUGUUGUGAGGAAUGUGGGCCGAAGUCAUCCACGGUCGCAAGCGAUGACAACGACAAUGAAUUUACCACAGAACUUGAGCUCUCUCCAUUCAGCACAAUACGACGGGAGAUGUCCACCUAUACCUCAGUGGCAACGCACUGCUAAAACAUUUAGCACAGCUCACUUUAACAGGACGUAGUGCCCCAUCAUUGUGUGAACAAUGGUGUCAUUUUUCACCCUGGAUCAGCCAUCCUUUGAAAACAAACUGGAUCAAAUGUCACUGCCAAUGGAGCCCAGACCUAUCAAGCACUGCACAUUGCUAUUCCUGUAUUUUGCAACCAGGUCCGUAAUGAGACGAGUGUUAAUUCGCGAUGUUGUACUGUAACACAUUUACAAACACACGUAAGGAUGAAGAGAAAUCUGUUGCAGAAGUGCAAUUUAGGAUGGUUUUCAUGCAUUCAGCGUGGAUGAAUAAAAGAAACUUUGUGUAAUGUAUAAAUCAAACUCCACCAGAAUCCGGAGUUGAAAUCACAUGGUUCCUAGUCCUUGAGUAUAAAGAAAGCUUAAAAGUGAAGUCUGUGACAUGUGAAGUGCUUAGGGGAUAGUGGGGACUAUAGAGUGUAUUUGCUCUAUAGUAACUGCAGUUAGCUGAUGUACAUUGAAUAUAUCUGAAGUUUGUAAGAUUUAUUGUAUACAUAGGCAGCAUAAAUGCUGGUAGACCAGAUGUUGAGAAAAUUCUGUUAUUAUUUUGUGAUGUUAGUUUUGUAAUAAUGGAGAGAGAUGAGUUAUAAAUCAGUUAUCUUUGUUUUUUUCUUGAACUUUCCUUGUUAUGCGCUCCAAAACUAUUUGGAAUUGUGGGAUAUGUUUUAAAAGAAAACACUUUAUUCCCUGAAAAUAAAACCUUACAUUGAAAAAAAGUGAAGUAUUGUGUUUAGUAAAUUCAGCUGUUAUCUCUGUGUACUAGCAGUAUUUCAGUUGGAGCAUAGAUUCAAAAACAUGCAGUUUGCAAACUAGGUUAUCUCCAAGGGCAACCUAAUGGAAUUUCUGUGGGCUGGCCAUAUGGGGGCAAGGUUUCUCAAAACUUCUCUGUUUGUUUAAGAGGUGAUUUAACAGAGAUAUUCUAAACUGAUGAAAUUUGAUAGAAUGGAUAUGGCAAGGUAGUUUGAACCAUCAGCAGAGUUCAGAGAUGUCAGAUAAUUGUCAAAGUAUCCAGGGAUGAAAUUACAAGAAUUUUCUUUUAAAGCAGAAAUUUAUUCUGGUACUCAGUGGUAAUUGAAGUACUGUAAAUUUCAAAAGGGAAGAGAAUAUUUGAUAGACUGCAUUGGCUUAGAGAAAGAAGAGGAGCUUUGAUGCUGAUCAGACAAAGUGCUAGCACAGGCACUAUGGACUCUUUCUCUGCCCUACAGUUUGUAUGUUGAGGUGGAAUAUCCAGACAAAUGCCACAUUGGCCCCGAAUUAACAAAGGGGGGGGGGGGGGGAAGCGGGGGCGGGGGUGGUCUUGAAAUUGUGGAUGAGCACCUAGUGCAUGGGAAAGGCCCAGCAUCAUAGUGGUCUUUCUCACCUUAUCAUCACAGCCCCAUUUAUAUAGUCUGCUGCACAACUCCAACAAGGCAGCAGGCCAGUGGUCAGGAGCGUCGUCAAGCAUUAGGAGGUCAUUGUGACUUGUGGGAUGGGUAUCAGAAAGGGCCAGUAAAUUCAAGUGGCAAAUAGGGAUGCUGGAGGGGUGCAGGGUAGGUGGGAAGAGCACCACUGAUGAGGUAUUGAUGAAGAGGAGCAGAAAUCUGGGCUGUGGUAAGGACUGGGAGAAGCUGAUGGCUGGUGAAGGCACUACAACUCUUCGUGGCCCACAGGCUCAUAAAGGAGUCAGGCCUUAAUAAGAUUAAUAGUUGGCACACCCGACACAGACCCUGCAAUCUAAAACGCAGCCAUAUCCUCUCCCAGUGUAAUUACAAAGCAUAGGGGCCAGGAUGUUUUCUCAGUCAUGACCUUAGAAUGGUAAGUCAGCCAGCCCCUGUUCUUUUUUUGCAGAAGCCUCAGCAAUAGCCUGAUUUCUGCUUUCACAAGUUUGAAUGGUCAGGCUUGAUGUUGGAUUGUUCCAUCUCUAUUUUCACUUUCCUUCGAUCAGGAAGAUUGAGGUGGUCAAAUAAAGGCAAUUGGUUCUAUUGUAAUGGAUUGUACUAGCUGAAAAGACUUUUUUUAAUCAAUGGUAGCACUACAUUCCUCUAAUUGGUGGAAUUGGAUGCCACUGGGAGUGAGUUGUUUCAUGGUAACUUUGAGACAUCUAAUAAUUAGUAAGUGGAAGACUUAUACCAAUCACUGGUGGUUUUUAGGAGUUUUAAAAUAUACAGGGUAUUUUCCACAUACAUAAUUUAAAAGCCAUUAAGUUGUAUAUUGCGGAUAAAUUUGGUUCUGAGGUAUAGUGACAGGGACUUGCCCAUGAUAACUGUUUCUGUGCCACAGCUAACCUUCCAUCUCUUUCAAUGUGAUCAUGACCAUGAGACUUAAAACCCUGCCAUCUGCAAAUGAUUAGUCUUGUUAUUUGCUGAGCAUCUGCCUCUGCAGUAUACAAGGUUAAAACUAACUGUCAAAUGAUCACAGAUGUUCAGUCUUACUCGGCAAGUCACUAGAGAGGUUAGAAUUUCAUUAAAACUGUGUAUGUUUAUGUUCAGUUGUCUGUCACUGUCCUGCCAUUGUCAAGACCAGCACUUUGGUGUCUUGCAAAUUGUUAUGCUACUCUUGAAACAAGUAUACGUCAAUAUUGCUCAAUAAAUGUGUUGCACAUCAAAGUUCUUUCGGUGGUUGGUGGCUCUAUGAAAGUUAUUUUACUUCAUAUAUUUGAAUGAUGUUGACCUUUGCUGUACAUGUUCCUUUAUAUUUUUGAAUGGUUGGUCAGUCAACCAAUGUAAAUGCCUUUCUACAGAAUAAUAAAAAUUCUCCUU